AUAUUUGGACCAAAUAUUUGCUAUUAAUAACUUUUGAAAGUGCUAGAAUUUCAGUUUUUGCUUAUUUAUCGCAUUCCCUAUUCAUGUGACAGGUAAAUACACAAGUAGAUGGCAAAACUCUAAACACCAUUUGCUCCUAUUCUCCUUGACCCAUUGAAUCUGGAACAUUUGAGAUUUGUGUUUAAGAAAGAUGGGGAAGUUGGGGAAGAAGGCGAGGAAGUUUGCACGGAAGAAGCUUCAAUCUGUUCAGAGGAUGAAGCGCAAGUAGAAUUCCUUCUUCAAAAGAAAAGCCCCUUCUCGUAAAUUUCUACCAUCUCUUCUGGUUUGGAGCAAUGAUGUACAAUAAACUGGGGACAACUGAGGAUUCUGAGCUGCUAGAGAAACCAACUAUAGGGCAGUCAGGUGGGAUUGCAAAUGAUGAAGUCAUCCUCAACAAUUUUCUUGAUACUUCAUCUGAUGAAGACACUGAUGAGUUAGUAGAAGAUUCUUUUGAUAGUGAUGGAUUUCUUUCAGAGGAUUCUGAAUGCCCAUACAUUUCUGACAAGGAAGAUGAGAACAUUUUUGGAGAUAAAUGUGAUCAUUCUGCUUUGUUUGAACAAAAUAAGCAACUUGCAGCAGAGAUAGAGCAACACAAGGAAAAAUUGGAGAGGCUGCUGAAAAAGGAUCCGAAGUAUUCGGAAUAUCUAGAUAAACGAAAAGCCCUCCUUGAGAAAUCAAGAAGUGAAGAAAAUUUAAGUCAUUCACCAUCCUUUGCAAUAACUUUAAGUCAGAUUAGUCUGUGUCAGCAAAAAGUUAUGCCUUGUGAUGAUUUGUGGAAAAUCUGUUAUCUACUUAUGCAAAUGGUUUGCCCUAGGAAAGUAGGCCCAGAACAGAUUCUGGUUUGUCUUCUGAUGAGGAAGAGGGCCUACACUCUCCUGUUGAAGAUACAAUUGAAGGAAAAAUGGAAGGAAAACCCUUAUCAAGUUGGGCCUGCACUUCGUAACUUGUUGAACGGCUUUCACGCUGCAUGUCAAUAUGGGAUUGAAACGAGUGGAGUUUCUUCCCAAAAGGUUUCAAGUAGAGAGGCUUUCCCAAAAAUAGUGACAUUUGUUCUUCUUGAAGCAGAUGGGAUCUUUUGUCAGUUUCUGGGAUUGUCAGGUCCAUGCAACAAAGAAGGCAGUUUGAAUUUUAGAAAUAAGUCUGAGUGGAAAAGUCUGAGGCCUCUAGUAAAGUGUUAUCUUCGCAGUUCCUUAAUUCUUCUCAACCAAGUAACUGAUCGGGAAAUACUCAUCCUUGCAUUAACUAGGCUAAGAUCUUCUCUCAAGUUCUUUUCUGAUUUUUUUUCUCUAGCGGGGAGGCUAACAAAGAUUUCAGUGCAUUUAUGGAUUUCUGGUGAUGAGAAACUAUCUUUAGCUUCAUUUAUGAUUUUACGAGAUAUUUCCUCAAAUCUAUCAUCUGACUGGCUUGAUGCUUGCUUGAAGAAAAUGUACAAAGCUUUUCUUAGACAUUGCAAGUCUGUUGAACCUGACAACUUGAAGCAUAUAAAAUUUCUCGUAGACUCGAUUGUAGAAGUUUACUCUUUGGACAUCCAAAGGUCAUAUACCCAAGUACAGUCUUCUGUGCAGCAAUUGGCGAAUGUCUUGAAGCAGGCUAUUAAAACGAAGAAAAAGGAAGAUCUCAAGAAAAUAUCCUGUUGGCAAUACAUUCUCUGUACCAACCUCUGGGUUGAAUUUAUCUCAUGUAAUGCAAGAAAUCAUGACCUUCAGCAAGUGCUUUUCAUGUUGAUUAAUAUCAUAAGAGGAAUUUCCCACUUAUUUCCUGGCCCACGUUAUGUGCCUUUGCGGUUGAAGUGUGUACAAAUGCUUAAUCGUCUUUCACUUUCAUGUGGAGUGUUCAUUCCUGUUGCAUGCAUGGCGUUUGAUUGUCUAGAACAAAAAACAAGUGGCAGUACUGGAACAAGGACAAAAAGUGUGAAACUCUCCUCAUUAUUGAAGGUGCCCAAACAUUUGUUGAAAUCAGAAGCCUUCCAAGAGGAGUGUGUUCUUUCUGUCAUUGAGAUCCUUUCUGCGCAUUUUUCUCAAUGGAAUCAUCAUGUAUCAUUUCCUGAUCUAGCAACCAUUCCUCUAAUUUUAUUGAAAAAGUUCCAUGAUAAAGCGACAAGUGAGAGCCUUCGAUGCCCUGUCAAGCGUUUGAUCGAUCAGGUUGAGCGGAACAUUGAAUUAGUUGGCAAGAAAAGAGACGAGGUUACAUUUUCACCCAAUGAUCAGGCAUCAGUUGAAGCCUUCCUUCAGCUUGAAAGUGGUGCCAAUACUCCUUUUGCUCAAUACCACUCGAGCAUAUCAAAGAAUCCACAUUCUAGAACAAUGAUUGGAGUAUAAAAUCAAGUGCUUGACGAGAGGAAAAACUGUUGGAAACCAUGAGUCUCAAAGAUCACUUAGAUGAUAAAGAUACGAAUUCAAACCAGGGUCAUUCAAUUGCGACAAAGGAAGAGUUCGUCGUCAGAUCCAAUUGAUGCGGUGGGCAAAUAAUUGGACCAAGACCAUUGAACUGGAUUGAAUAUUUACUCAAUUUUCUACUUACAAUGUAAUUUUUAUAAUUUAUUAAAAUUUUCAAAAUUUUGUAAUGCACUGCAAUUAUUUUUUUUACUGUUAGGUGUUUUUUUUUUUUUAGUUUAUUAAAAUUAAUAGAGGCUGUAAUACAC